UAUUUCCCAGGAUUCAUUUCGUCUCCAAAUCCAAUCCGGCAAGUCUCUCUAGAAUUCUAGAUAUUUCUUUCUCUGACUCCUUUAUCCGGUUCGGGACAACAAUGAGGAUAUGGCGGGAAGCGUGAGAGAGACCCAACAGGCCGGAUUUACCAAAUUGCCCUUCCCCUUCCUUCUCCCAGUCCUCAUAAAUUGAUUCCGGAGGAAGAGACGCGUCUCUAGCGAGUCCAACCCCUCUCUCUCUCUCUCUCUCCAUCGCUCUCGCCUUGGAAUGUGAGCAGAGAAUUUAAAAGUGAAUAGGAAAGGUUUUGCUCUGGAAAUUUGAACCGGAUUGCGGUGGAAUCCUCGCCGUUGAUUUGUGCAGCGAGGACUUCCGUUCGCUUUCUCUCUCUUUCGGCGGGCUGCGUGUCUUUAUGUUUAUGUUAUGAAGUUCGCCGGAGAUUGGUUUCAUUUAUGUUUAUGGAAUUCCGUUCAUCAUCAUCAUCAACAACAAGUGGUUGGUGGUAAUUGGAGCAUACAGCAUGGUUUUGACGGGGAAAAGUGACGCCGGCCGGUGCAUUUUCCUCCUCACUGGAUUGCAAAUCGGAGACUUGCAGUCUUAUCUUUCGGAUCUUAGCUUAGUGCUGGCUUCGGAAAGUAGGAAGUUCUAUAUUUUGGUGGACAAUCGGCCAUGGCUGAGAGGUUCUCGGCCAGCGCACUUCUGGCAAUUGAUGGUUACCAAGUCAAGGUUAUCUCCUUUUGCAAACACUAAAGCGCGGAAGGACAGAAAACAAGGAAAGGAUGCGAGCUCCAAGAGUGUUAAACCCAAAAAGUAUACUAGGUGGGUCUCAUUCAUCAAAGAAGAAGCAUUGUCUCGGAAGAGGGUUUUGCUACCUGUAAAGAAACUGCGCAAUUCUUUGCUUUUAAGCAGUGAGUUGCAUAGGACCUUGUAUGGUUUCAUUGUGUUUGAAGUUGCGUGGAGCAAUGUUCGAGGUAUUAAUUACUUGAAUGAGCUUCAGACUGAUACGUCACUGGCUACAGAGGCUAAAUUCAUGCAAAGAUGGGAAUUCGACAGUAUUGCUCAAGCUGCAAACUGUAUAUCUUCAUGGUUCUCAGGAACAGUCUCUGAGAAGCGACAAUUGAGAGAGUACCUGGAUUCCCUAGGAGAGGUGUUUUAUGAUGCCCAAGUAACUAUGCCAGUUGAUGUUGAAGACGAAUUUUCGUUUAAUCGUCUUUCUAUCGAGGAAAAUUCUCUUCACAGCCUCAGUAGCAACUAUAGUGUAUGCUCUCCAACCAGCGACGCUAGCAGUAGUGUUCCUCAUUCACCUCCUCCACCUACUGGACCUUACAAGAGAAGGAAAAUAGCAAACUCCAUUAAUAUUGGAGAUGGAGUUGAUGUAAAUUCUGAUGAGUUUCAAGACGGCGAGACCUAUGCUAGUGACUACGAAGAUGCUGUUGAAGAUACCCAGGACAUGAAAGAUGAUAUACCAGUGAAUGUAAAGACCUAUAUGGACUGUCAAGAGGCUUUUGAUGCUACUCAGUACAGGGAAGAUGCUAUACCUGUGCAUGUUGAGACAUAUAACAGUGACUCUGAAGAUGCUGUUGAAGCUACUCAGUACAGGGAUGUCUUGAUUUUGUUCAGGUUCAAUGACCAUGAUCUCCCAUUUAAACUCAGAGAUAUAAUAAUGUCUGAUCUCCGGUUAUUGACCUUGCUAGAGGCUGGGCUUCCUUCUUGGGCUAUCUUCCUUCAGUCUUACCCAGGGUUUCGCAAAAUUUAUCGCCCGUGGAUGUGUCCUCUUGCAAGAGCUUUAUAUGUGGUGAUCUCAGUUGCCACCGUCCUAAUUGGAUUUUAUGACCUGUACAAAAAUGUUCCAGUUCUCAAGGUAACUGCAUCUCGUAUUUGUGGGCCUCUAUUUGAUUGGAUAGAGACCUGGUCGAUGGUAACAAGGAUCAAAUACUUGGGAACAAUGCUAUUUCUGCAUCACUCUCAGAAGGUUGUUCAGUGGUUCUUGACUAUCAGGAGUACCACUCGAUCCUUUUUUUCAGUUUUUGCCCGGCCGAUGUUCGAACCUUUCGUAGAGUGCUUUAGCUUCCUUCUCCCAGUUUGGAAUGUGUUUUUUGAGGUAUUGGGGAGCAUCUGUACAAUGAUUUUGUUUCUGAUUGAGUCUUCUUGCAAUAUAGUGGAGAACCUGGUGGAGGUUUUACUGUUUCCAAUAUGGCUUUUCCUGUCGUCCAUCUGGAGCAUUGCCACUUCUGUCAUAUAUCCUAUAUUUGGGAUGCUGUGGGCAAUACUCUAUGCUCCAAUUCACAUGUUUCUUGCACUAGCCAAUUUCAUUGCCUUUCUUUUUACUUGUAUAUAUGACACUCUUCGAGAUACAUGGAAGUUUAUUAGCAGCAUAUUCCAGUUUGCUUCAGCCUCUCAGGCAACAGUGAGGACUGUUGAAGUUUCCAUAUGGCGUUCACUUUGGAAUGACCUCUUUUCACAGAUUUUCCGUGCUCUUAGGAGUAUAUUAAACGGUUUUGUUGCAUUCUUCACAGCUUGUAACAGGCAUCGGCUGAGCAUCUAUAAUCAUAUACAAGAGUUUAACCAAAGAUUACUAAAUCGAACCAAAAGAUCACGGCGUGAAGAUUCAAGACGUAGCAGGCAGACCAUUGAGGCUCAGCAGCUGCAGUUAAAAAUGAGGAGGAAAAUUGCCCAUAAUUAGGGUUUACACAAUCAAUGCGGAAUCAGUCUGGAUAUACUGUAUAAACACAGCUUUAACGAUGUAUGAUAUGUAUUUUGGCCCUAAAGGGAAAAGCAAGAGUUGUAGCAAACGAGAAAUGCAUAUAACACCAAUGAUGCCAUUACUCACCAUACGAAGAGCUUCAAUUUUCACAUUCUUUGUAGUAUUAGUUGCCAUUGUUUAAAUUCUAUGUAGGGGCAGCCUGUAUAUUUUCAUUGUACAUAUAUGAUAAGGAAUUUUGGUA